AUGGUCAGGUCUCAUCUCGACGUCUUCCAAGAGAGCACGUCACGGUAUUCUUCUGCGACUCUCUUCAGGCUUCCCCAAGUGUGUCCAUCGACUGGAAGCGUCCUCGCCUGGAAGCCAGUCACCUACGAACAAUUCCGCCUUGACGUUGAAGCCUAUGCGCGCUACUGGACGCGCAUUCUCCGCACCGACGGGGUCCCCAAGCGAUCUGUCGUUGGUCUAUGGCUGAGCGGCAUCACCUAUAUCGACUGUCUACAUAUUUACGGCAUCUCGAGGGCAGGAUACAUUCCCCAGCUUUUCAGCCUAAGGCUACCCAACCCCGACGUCGUCUAUGAACUACUACGGAAGGCCGACGCCAAGGCUCUCAUCCAUGAUGCUUGCUUCGCAUCUGUUCUGGAAAGCUGCCCUCUCCCGAUACACUGCUCCCUUACCAGCUCCGACAUCGAACAGGUUGAUGAAGAAUUGGACGAGAUUGCACCGGUACAAAACGAAGAAGACACGGCCUUCAUCUUCCAUACCAGCGGUUCAACUUCUGGAAGUCCCAAAUUGGUUCCAUGCAGCUAUCGGUGGUUCAAUAGCGUCGUGGAGAAAUCAAAUUACAUUUCAAGACCUCGGAAUGCCGACCGUCAGGAUGUCACUGUCUUCAUUGGAAGCAUGAGCCACAUUGCCCAGACAUUCAUGUUCCUUGGAACCCUUCAGCAUGGAGCCUGCGUUAUUCAGCCCACACGACUGGACUACUCCUCCGAGGAAUUGAUCGACAUGAUCACCCGAUGCGGACUCAAUCGCCUGAACGCCUUCGGUUCUUGGCUAGCAAUGCACCUCAGGAACUCACGUCAGGAUGCUAAACUGCUCUCCCUGCUGGUUAGCCUUGACGAUGUGCUCUAUAGCGGUCUUGCUCUGUCUCGAGAUGAAGAGCAAUGGGCUUACAAGAACGGGAUCAAAUUGAGGAACUUGUUCGGCAGCACCGAAGUAGGGGGUAUGCUCCUCUCCGGAGGUCAUGAGAAGAACGACGCCCUCUUGCGCCCGCUACCUGGUACCUCAUACCGCUUUGUCCCCAUCUCCAACAACGAUGCCGUCCAUCAAACCAAUGCGGCACUCUUCGAACUCGUCAUCCUCUCCGACUCGCCCGAUUGCCCUCACUCCUCGCUUCUGGGUAGUGAUGGCCACCUCCAUACUGGCGACCUUUUCCAGGAGGUUUCCCCUGGCUGGUAUGUCUCCCGUGGUCGCGACGACGAUUGGAUCAAGUCGGAAACCAGCCUUCGCUGCGACACCAAGGCCAUCGAGGACAACGCACGUGCAAUGUGCGGCUCCCUUAUCGCAGAGUGUGUUGUGGUUGGCUCUGGUCGACCCUCCCCUGUCAUGUUCAUCGAACCGGCCGUCGACAUGCCCCAUGAUAAGCUCAAGAAGGAGAUUAUCCGCAAGACUCGGCACUUCCACAGUCGACGAUACCUUCAUGAACGCAUCACCUGCCCUGAUAUGAUCGUCGUCGUUCCCCCCAAAACUCUCCCCAGGACGGCUACCAAAGGAAACAUCCGACGGAAGGCUGUCGAAGAAGCGUUCGUUGCCGAAAUCGACCGCAUUUUCAACCGCACAAGAUGA